AUGGACGUGUGGGGCCCAGCCCGCGUCACUGGACAAGGCUGCGAGCGAUACUUUCUGCUGGUUGUUGACGACUACUCGCGUUACACCACGGUCUUCCCCUUGCACAGCAAGGGUGAGGUCCCUGCUGUUUUGAUCCCUUGGAUCCGCGCUGUUCGUCUCCAGCUCCGCGAGCGGUUCCAGACAGAGGUGGUGAGUUCUCCUCCGACCUCUUACUCUCAGGACUUUUGUCGUGGGGAGGGCAUCAUUCAGUCGUUCACGCUUCUGGCCUCCCCGCAGCAGAAUGGGAUUGCAGAGCGCCGCAUUGGCUUAGUCAUGGAUGUCGCUCGUACCUCCAUGAUCCAUGCGGCUGCUCCCCAUUUUCUGUGGCCGUUUGCGGUCCGGUACGCUGCGCAUCAGCUCAACCUCUGGCCUUAUGUCUCCUUGUCGGAGACCUCGCAUACCCUGCUUUGGACGGGGGAGGUUGGCGAUGCGUCGGUGUUCCGGGUCUGGGGCUCUCGUGCCUUUGUCCGCGAUACCUCCGCGGACAAGCUCUCCUCCCGCACCAUUCCCUGUGUCUUCCUUGGCUUCCCUCCUGACGCGCCUGGCUGGCAGUUUUACCACCCCACCUCGCGCCGUGUCCUACCUCGUUUGACGAGACGAUUCACUUCUACCGUCUCUUCCCCUAUCGCUCUGCCCCUCUCCCCCCUCCGCCGCUCUUCCUCGCUCCAGCCUGUCGAGGUCACUGGUGACUCAGGUGCUGCUGGGAGUGGUCUUGCUCGAGGUGCUACGUCUGGGGGUGCGGAGCCUGGGGGUGCUGAGCUUGAGCGUGCGGAGCCUGGGGGUGGUACGCCUGAGCGUGCGGAGCCUGGGGGUGCUGAGCCUAGGGGUGCUGAGCCUGGGGGUGCUGCGCCUAAGCGUACUGAGCUUAGGGGUGCUGAGCGUGGGGGUGCUGAUUCUGGAGGUGCUGAGCCGGGUGGUGCUACUUUUGCUGGUGGUCUUCCGAGAGCCUCGCCGCAGCGGUCUCCCCAGCGUGAGACCCUCUCUCCACAGCAACUGCGCGAGUGGCGAGCCCGGCGCACCCGCCUUCGGAGUCGCACUAGCGUUGGAUAUGCUGGAGCUGGAGGCGCUGGAGCUGGAGGCGCUAGAGCUGGAGGUGCUGGCACUGGAGGUGCUGGAGCUGGAGGUUCUGACACUGGAGGCGCUGGAGCUGGAGGCACUGACGCUGGAGCUAUUGGAGCUGGAGGUGCUGGCACUGGAGGCGCUGGAGCUGGAGGCACUGUGCAGCAGCGUGAGCCCCUCUUACCACAGCAGCGCGUGAGUGGCUUGCCCGGCGCACCCGCCUUCGGAGUCGCGCUGCUGGAGGCACUGGAGCUGGAGGUGCUAAAGCUGAAGGUACUGACGCUAGAGGCGCUGGAGCUGGAGGCACUGGAGCUGGAGGUGCUGGAGCUGGAGGCACUGGAGCUGGAGGCACUGGCGCUGGAGGCGCUGGAGCUGGAGGUCCUGACGCUGGAGGUGCUGGAGCUGGAGGCACCGGAGCUGGAGGUGCUGGCACUGGAGGCCCUGGAGCUGGAGCUACUGGAGCUGAAGGCCCUGGAGCUGUCGGUGCUGGUACUGGAGGCACUGGAGCUGGAGGCCCUGCCGUUCGAGGUGCUGGGGCUGGUUACGCUGGAGCUGGAGGCGCUGGAGCUAGAGCUGCUGGUGCUGGCGACAAUGGCGCUGGAGGCGCUGGUGCCGAGGGCACUGUACAACAGCGCCCGUUUUUCUUACCCCCACCGCAGCUGUCCGACCUACCGCCUGAAGCGUCGUGAGCCUGCGUCGCGUCCUGCCUCCCCUGUUCGCGCUGUUCGCACCGCUCGUCGUGUCCCGCGUCCGCGUCCUCCUCCUGUGCCAGGCACUCACACUAUGGCACUUCGUCCCUCCUCUGCUCCACAGCGCGUCCCGCUGCCGUCUCCUCCUGCGUCCUCUCUUCCUGAGCUUCCUGACCCUGAGUCUGACGCUGUUCGUGCUGCUAGCCCCACCGUCACGCGUCUUCUGGCUACUGUUGUCACUGACCCGUCGUUCGAGUCUGCUGCUGCGUCUGCCUUAGUUGCUGAGCUUGUCGACUUUGCUGCUGUCUGUCAUCUCGACUACGCUGCCAGACUUGUCGCUGAUUCUGAGUUUGUCUGUCCUCCGUCUGUCGGGGGUGAGUGUGCUCUUAGCACGGACGUCUUUGAGGACAGGCAGGAGGACUUUGAGUCUCUUGCGGCUGCUGUACCUCAUCUCGUGGCCUGGCUGCUUGCACCUGAGGGAGACCCGGAUGCACUGGACAUCCCGACCCCGCGCUCUUACACAGAGGCGAUUUUGGGUCCCUACUCCUCUCAGUGGCAGACAGCCAUGGACACAGAGAUGGCAUCCUGGAAGUCCACAGGCACCUAUGUCGACGAGGUUCCCCCUCCUGGGGCGAACAUAGUCGAUGACAUGUGGAUUUUCAAGGGAGUUGACUUCUUCCUGACAUCCUCCCCCACCCCAAAGAUGACCACUCUUCGGGUGUUGCUGCACGUUGCCGCUCAGCGUGAUUACGAGCUUCACUCUCUUGACUUCAGCACAGCGUUCUUACAGGGCAGUCUGCACGAGGAGAUCUGGCUGCGCCGCCCACCUGGCUUCACUGGGUCGUUCCCUCCUGGUACCCAGUGGAGCCUCCGGCGGCCAGUCUACGGUCUCCGCCAGGUGCCUCGUGAGUGGCACGACACACUGAGGAUGACACUUGCGGCUCUUGGGUUUGCUCCCUCCACUGCUGACCCGUCGCUGUUCCUGCGCACCGACACUUCCCUGCCGCCGUUCUACAUCCUCGUGUACGUCGACGACUUGGUCUUCGCCACUGCUGACACUGAGGCACUCGCCCUUGUGAAGUCGGAGCUGCAGAAGAGACACACCUGCACUGAUCUGGGUGAACUGCGUAGCUACCUUGGCUUGCAGAUCACCCGGGACAGAGCACGUCGCACCAUCACCCUGACUCAGUCACACAUGGUGCAGCAGGUCCUUCAGCGCUUCGGCUUCCAGUUCUCCUCACCACAGUCCACUCCUCUGUCUACCAGUCACUCGCUCUCAGCUCCACCUUCGGACGAGUCCGUAGAGCCGAGUGGCCCGUACCCAGAGCUUGUGGGCUGUCUCAUGUACCUGAUGACCUGCACUCGACCUGACCUUGCGUACCCUCUUAGCAUCCUGGCACGCUACGUUGCGCCUGGGAGACACCGGCGAGAGCACUGGGAGGCUGCUAAGAGGGUGCUGCGCUACUUGUGCAGUACAUCAGGCAUGGGGCUGGUGCUUGGAGGACGGGGUCCAGUUGUCCUCACUGGACACUCAGACGCCUCUUAG